AUGGCUCCAGCUAAGCGCAAAGUAAAUACGGCGACUGAUGCCACGAGUACCGCUGCAACGAAGAGACAGAAAAAAGUCGUAGAACCCACCGCGUCGUCAUCGAGGCCAAGCAGGACCUCACUUGCUGUAGCUGCAGCUCCGCGUUCAACAAGAAGCUCGAUCAGUGGGAAGUCUACACCCGUCAAACCAGCUAAAAGUACAAUCAAGGGUUCAGCCAACGAAACAGCAAAUAAAUCCGCAACAAAGACUGCAACAAAGGUCAAAGCAAUUGAGGGUCGAAAGCGAGGAAGACCAGCCAAAACAACCACUGUUGAGGAAGAGGCCGCCGUACCCGGAAGGACCUCCAACCUUCUCAUCGACGUUCCACUCAGAGAGAAGCCUGCCGUGAAGGCUGAAGCUGAGGAGGAAGCUGAGGCUAACAACGAAGGCCCAGCUUACUUCCUUAUGAAAGCCGAACCCGAGUCACGUAUCGAAAAGGGCAAGGACGUCAAGUUCUCCAUCGACGAUCUCAAAGCUGCAAGCGAGCCCGAAGGAUGGGACGAAACCGCGUUCGACCCCAAGCAUCCCUACUUCGACGAGAAAUCAGACCGGGAAAAACCGAAGUGGUGUCUCGUACAUGUCAAAUUUGUCCAGAAAUUUCCGGGGAUGAUCAAGCUCAAGGAGCUCCAGAAGUACGCAAAGAAUGGUGGUGUUUUGGAGAACAUGCAAGUGCUCAAGCAAUCUCGCCUGAGCGUUUCGAAGGUGGCCAAGAAAGAGUGGGACUUCAUCAUGGGCCUGGUCGAUGCCGAGGAUGUUGCAGCUAUGUCGGCUGCACACCAGCCGCAGAUGACUGUCUAA